GCUGAAGAAAAGUAUAUAAAGGGUUCAAAUCAAACACAUUAUCCUCAUAACAAUACUUCAUUCCACCAUACUCUAUCUUUACUCAAACGCUCAAUUCCCAGCAUUAUGGUUUCAACGGAAGAAUCAGAGGUCCCAUCAGACCUAAAGUCCCGCAUGCAGGCAACAUACGAUACCAUUGCAGUUGCCUAUAACGACGCUCUUGCGGACGAAAACGACCAGAUCCGCAGAAAAUACACAUCGCAACUCAUCGAUCUUCUGCAACAAAGCUCCAUCAAGGAAGCCUCUAUCCUAGAACUUGGAUGUGGCGCCGGUGUACCGGGGACAAGCACUCUUCUCGAAUCGCAGAACCCUGAGAUUCACGUCAUCGGCAACGACUUUUCAUCCGGUCAGCUUGAUCUCGCACACCAGCGUCUCCAAAGCUUUGAAGAUGCAGGACAGCUGGAGUUAAGGCAGGGUGACAUGAUGGCUCUUGAUUUCCCUCCAGCAUCUUUCGAUGCUGUUGUUGGGUUUUACUCGAUCAUCCAUCUUCCGCGCGCUGAACAGACAGAGCUCCUAGGGCGUAUUGUGAAGUGGUUGAAGCCAGGUGGUUAUCUCCUAGCAAACUUUUCCAAGGAGGAAUUUUCCAAUAGAGUGAACACACAGUGGUUGGGCCAGAAGAAGGGAUGGGCGUACUGGAGUGGGUGGGGCGAGGAAGGAAGUGCGAAGAUGGUGGAGGAGGCUGGAUUGACGAUUGUUGUAAGAGAGAUUUCGGACUGCGAGAACGAUGCAAUGUUUCUGUGGAUCAUUGCGAAGAAGCUUUGA